UUCCUGUUCGCUCGUGGCUAGAGGACGUUGGUGUCACAGAGAGAGAGAGGGGCUCUUCAAGUGUUUAUUUCUCAACUAAAGACAGAACAGAAGCAACAGAAACAAAAUGUUUUCCCGCGCAGUGAGACCUUCCGUCAGCCUCGCUCGGAGCCUGUCCACCUCCACGCAGAACAACGCCAAGGUGGCGGUGCUAGGAGCGUCCGGCGGCAUAGGCCAGCCGCUCUCUCUGCUGCUCAAGAAUAGCCCCCUGGUGAGUCAACUCUCCCUGUAUGAUAUUGCCCACACCCCCGGGGUCGCUGCGGACCUCAGCCACAUCGAGACCAGAGCCCAGGUGACGGGUCAUAUGGGACCAGACCAGCUGGAGGCUGCUCUGACGGGCUGCGAGGUUGUGGUCAUCCCCGCCGGUGUGCCGAGAAAACCAGGUAUGACCCGUGAUGACCUCUUCAACACCAACGCCACCAUUGUAGCCACCUUGGCCGAUGCCUGCGCACGCUACUGCCCAGAGGCAAUGAUCUGCGUUAUCGCCAACCCGGUCAACUCCACCAUACCUAUUACAUCAGAGGUCAUGAAGAAACAUGGAGUGUACAACCCCAACAAAGUGUUUGGUGUCACAACCCUGGACAUUGUCAGAGCAAACGCCUUCGUGGCAGAGCUUAAAGGCCUUGACCCAGCUCGUGUCAACGUACCAGUCAUUGGAGGUCAUGCUGGGAAGACCAUCAUCCCCCUCAUCUCCCAGUGCACACCAAAGGUCGAGUUCCCUGCUGACCAGCUGGCCGCUCUGACCGGCAGGAUCCAGGAGGCCGGCACAGAGGUGGUGAAGGCCAAGGCUGGGGCCGGAUCUGCAACCCUGUCCAUGGCUUAUGCAGGUGCCCGCUUCACCUUCUCAGUCCUCGACGCCAUGAAUGGAAAGGAAGGUGUGGUUGAGUGUGGCUACGUCAGGUCUGAGGAGACGGAGUGCAAGUACUUCUCAACACCUCUGCUCCUGGGAAAGAACGGCAUUGAGAAGAACCUGGGGCUGGGAAAGCUGACGGCCUUCGAGGAGAAACUGGUGGCUGAUGCCAUUGGCGAGCUGAAGGCUUCCAUCAAGAAGGGCGAGGAUUUUGUGGCUAAUAUGAAGUGAACAGGGGCAUGACGUUAGUUGAAAACAUCAACAUCUGUGAUUGAUUGUUCUGUCUUAACCUAAAGGCAUCUGGGUAAAUCUAAAGAUCCGUCACAGUGUUUCCUCUUUUGUUUUUGUCAUAGCAGUAGGAUUAUCUUGAUUCAAAAUCCUGGUUUUAACCACAGUCCUUUUGCUAAGUAUCAUUCCACUUAGCUUUUCAAAUAUGGCUUUAUGUUUAACCUAUGAUUUGUGUACAUACAUUGUACUGUGACUUAAUUAUUUUUUGCAAAUGUCAACUCUAAAAAAAGAUUCAUAUAUUUUCAUGUACAGUCUUUAUCUGCUGAUCGAAUGAGGAGGAAAUACUGUCAUCAUGCCUGUUGAUGCAAAUAGAUGUACCUGGUGAACAAAGAUUCUCACUCCACCAAUAAACAGUUUAGUGGGA